AUGCAGACGUUAGUGAAAUAUAUAGUACAGUUAUUACUAUUAUCACAGUACGUAGUGGCAAAAAGAAACCUGGUGGCGACUUCCUUAGUAACAUGUAUGGAAGGAUCCCAAAUAUCGUCAAAUAGUUUCGACGUUAUAUUUAAACCAGAUGACCGAUCAUUACAUUACACCUUAGAUUUAACAACUCAAAUUGAUUCUUACAUUUUGGCUUAUAUCGACGUUUAUGCUUAUGGAUUCAAGAUUAUUACCAAAAAUUUCAAUGUUUGUUCAGAAAAUUGGAAACAAUUUUGUCCUGUUCAUCCAGGGAAUAUCGAAAUCGAUUCUAUCGAAUACAUCUCUAAAGAUUUAACAGAUGAAAUCCCUGGGAUCGCAUAUAACGUUCCAGAUAUUGAUGCAUACGCUAUCGUGAAAGUAUAUUCGGCUAAUACUACCGAAUAUUUAGCUUGUAUCCAAGUAUUUUUCUCAAAUGGGAAGACUGUCUCUCAAACAGGUGUGAAAUGGACUACAGCUGUCGUUGCCGGUAUCGGUUUAUUAUUAUCUGCCGUAUUAUCUACGUUUGGGAACUCUACUGCAGCAUCCCAUAUCUCCGCAAACACGAUGUCCUUAUUUCUUUAUUUCCAAUCUGUUGCAGUUGUUGCCAUGCAACAUGUUCAUAGAGUCCCACCUAUUGCAGCUGCAUGGGCAGAAAAUUUGGCUUGGUCCAUGGGUUUGAUUAGAGUCACAUUUAUGCAAAAAAUCUUUAGAUGGUACGUUCAAUCUACAGGUGGUACUCCAACCUUAUAUUUGACCGCAACAACAAUGUCCGUCUUGACUCAAAGAGCUGUUGAUUUUACAAGUCCUUUAUGGAAACGUGCAGAGAAUGUCCUAUACGGGAAUCAAAAUACUUUGAUCUUUAGAGGUAUUAGAAGACUAGGUUAUAGAAUGAAUAUCGAGAAUACUGCCAUUGUUUGUACCGGGUUCACUUUCUUUGUUCUCUGUGGGUAUGUCCUUGCAGGGUUUAUUAUGGUUUGUAAAUAUUCAUUCGAAUUAGGUAUACGUGCUGGUUGGAUCAACCCAAAUAGAUUCCAACAAUUUAGAACAAGUUGGAGAAUCAUCUUGAAAGGUGCUUUGUUAAGAUAUAUAUACAUUGGUUUCACUCAACUGACUAUCUUAAGUUUCUGGGAAUUCACAGAAAGAGACUCUGGUGCUGUGAUCACAAUCGCUUGUUUGUUUAUUGUAUUAUCUGUCGGGUUAAUGGGUUGGGCAAUGUUUAGAACUCAUUCUUUUGCUCAACUUUCAAUCAAACAAUAUAACAAUCCUGCUGCUAUCCUAUAUGGUGAUGAAAGAAUCUUACACAAAUACGGAUUUUUCUAUACCAUGUUCAAUGCUUCUCAUUAUUGGUGGAAUGCUGUGUUAUUGACAUAUAUCUUUGUCAAAUCAUUAUUCAUUGGUUUUGCUCAGGCUUCAGGUAAAACACAAGCAUUGGCAAUUUUCAUUCUCGAUCUAGGAUAUUUCAUUGCCAUCAUUUAUUACAAACCAUAUUUAGAUAAACCUACAAACAUUAUGAAUAUCUUCAUUUGUACCGUGACUUUAGUGAACUCUUUCCUUUUCAUGUUCUUCUCAGAUCUGUUCCAUCAAAACUAUACCGUCUCUGCGAUCAUGGGGUGGGUAUUCUUUAUCAUGAAUGCUGCGUUCUCAUUUAUAUUGUUGCUGAUGAUCCUUGCAUUCACUCUGAUGAUUGUCUGUUCAAAGAAUCCUGACUUAAGAUUCAAACCAGCUAAUGACGAUAGAACGUCCUUCCAAAGAAACGCUACGCAAUUGACACACGACGAUAUGGCUAAGAAUUCUUCAGCUGCAAAGGAAUUGUUGGAGUUAGGUAACGUCGCCAAGGAACACAAUGCCAAUUGGGAGAGUGAUUUAUUCCACAAUAACGAUGAAGAAAAUAAUAAUGUCUAUAGAAACAAAUCAUUUUCGAGCUCAGCAAAUUUCAUUAAGAGGCUCUCGUCAUUCAAGCUAGGGAAAAAUGCCAGUAGAAUAAGUGUACCAUCAAAUCCAUUCGCAGAUAGAUCAGCAAUGGCUGAUCCAAAUACUAAUACGCUAUCCAAUCUGAACACAAUGUCGAAUUUGAAUUCUCGUGAAGUGACGCCGUCAGUUACUCGUUUAACUUCGCAGAUGAACCUAGAAUCUAGUACAGGAUCAGAAUCAAAUAUCCAACUCAACACAAAUUUAAAUACCAAUUCUAGUAUUGCUAUGAAUACAUCAUCUGAUCUAAGCGAUCCUUUCAGGGAUGCCAACGGCGAAAAAGCUGUUUAG